GUCGGCGCUGCAGUCUCUGCUGCUGCCGUCGCAGCAGCUGCCGCGGGUCGCCGGGGAACUCUGGGAGUAGAACGGCUGAGGCGGGCCUGGGGUUCCGGCCACUGUGCAGAAUGGAGAUAAUCAGAAGCAAUUUUAAGAGUAAUCUUCACAAAGUGUACCAGGCCAUAGAGGAGGCGGACUUCUUCGCCAUCGAUGGGGAGUUUUCAGGAAUCAGUGAUGGACCUUCAGUGACCACAUUAACAAAUGGUUUUGACACUCCAGAAGAGAGGUAUCAGAAGCUUAAAAAGAAGGAGCGAUAUAUUGUUAUCAGCAAAGUAGAUGAAGAAGAGCGCAAAAGAAGGGAAGAGCAGAAACAUGCUAAAGAACAGGAGGAACUGAAUGAUGCAGUGGGAUUUGCUAGAGUCAUUCAUGCCAUCGCUAAUUCAAAUAAUUCACAGCUCUUGGAUACUAAAUUGAUGGCCAGCACACAACCUUUUAAGGAUAUCAUUAACAACACAUCCCUUGCAGAAUUGGAAAAGCGGUUAAAAGAGACACCUUUCAACCCUCCCAAAGUUGAAAGUGCAGAAGGUUUUCCAAGUUAUGACACAGCUUCUGAACAGCUCCACGAGGCAGGCUAUGAUGCUUAUAUCACAGGAUUGUGCUUCAUCUCCAUGGCAAAUUACCUAGGUUCUUUUCUCAGUCCUCCAAAAAUUCAUGUGUCUGCCAGAUCAAAACUCAUUGAACCUUUUUUUAACAAGUUAUUUCUUAUGAGGGUCAUGGAUAUCCCCUAUCUAAACCUGGAAGGACCAGACUUGCAACCUAAACGUGAUCAUGUUCUCCAUGUGACAUUCCCCAAAGAAUGGAAAACCAGCGAUCUUUACCAGCUUUUUAGUGCCUUUGGUAACAUUCAGAUAUCCUGGAUUGAUGACACAUCAGCAUUUGUUUCUCUCAGCCAGCCUGAACAAGUACAAAUUGCUGUCAAUACCAGUAGAUAUGCAGAAAGCUACCGGAUCCAGACCUAUGCUGAAUAUGUGGGAAAAAAACAGGAAGAGAAGCAGAUCAAGAGAAAGUGGACAGAAGAUAAUUGGAAGGAGGUUGGAAGAAAGCGAUUAAACACUCAGUGCAUAGCCUACACUCUGCAGAAUAACUAUUACCACAGCAAUAGUUUUACAACUACCAGCACGGUAGGAAAGAGAAAUUUGAGUCCUAGUCAAGAAGCUGCUGGCUUGGAGGACAGAGUGUCAAGGGAGAUUUCUGAUACUGAGCUUGAGCAGACAGAUUCCUGUGCAGAACCUCUCUCAGAGGGAAGGAAAAAGGCCAAGAAGUUAAAAAGAAUGAAGAAAGAGCUUUCUCCAGCAGGAAGCAUCUCGGACAGCCCUGCCACACUCUUUGAAGUUCCUGACACGUGGUAACAAAGACCUGAGUGCAACAAACCGCUGGUGCUGUCGCUGAGAAAGAGCCAGCCGGCACGUUUGGAAGCCAUACUGUGUUUAAUUUAAGAAAAUGUGGUAUGGGAGGGUUUGAAACGAAGUGUGUCUCCUGAAAAAAAGUUUUUAUUUUUGUGGCUGUGUUUCUUCUUUUUAAUCUAAUCUAAACUGUUGACACUCAUCGUGGUUGUAGGCUGUCAUGAAUGUGUACAUUAUUAACCAGCUAUUUGUUGCUCGUGUGAAACCUUUCCUAUCAUGAAUUAGUGUGUUUAAGAAUCCACUUGAUGGGGAAUGUCAGCUGUGAAAUAUGCAAAAGGAGCUGACUUUCUGGGUGCUGUGAUCAUGAAAUUGGGGUUGAACUCUUUCCUGCUUAGAGAGGAUUUUGUGCAUCAUCUUAUGCUCAGAUUUUGGGGCAGUUGCAGUGCAUGUUACAGUCUCCUAAUGGAGAAAUCAGUAGUGUCUCCCUGCUCUCCCUGCUUCCCACCACAGCUGCCUGAAAAUAUGAAGCUCUCAAGCUUGUUUUUCUAGUAGGAAGAUGUCUACCGAGCUCAGCCCAUGAAGGAGCUUACCAUAUGCCUUGGUCUUUGGGGCAUAUUUACUUAGAAUUAUUUUUUCUAAGAUGUGAGUUUCUCACAGGGAAUGUACAAGUUAAAAAGUUAAUUUCUGUUCUUACGUGUGGUGCUGUGUUCGCUUUUCAGUGUCUCAGCCUGAUUGUCUUUUCUGUUUGUUUGUGUGGCAGUUGAGGUGAGGUGGCAUGUGUGCAUCUGUGUGCGUGUGUGUGAAAUCAUGGCAAAUCUACAACAUGUACCAGCCCUUUCUGUCGAAACACAUCACAACAGCAACAAAAAUUCAUGGAUCUACUUCAGUAGAUCUGCUUCUGAUAGAUCAUUGUUAGAUAUUUAACAUUUUUGUAUCAUGGAAAUAAAAGUGAGAAAUGUAUUUCCAAAGGAUGAAAAUUAAAGAAAUUUUCAUAGGA